AUGGAAAAGGCAGUUCGCAGAGCAACAAAGCCUAAGCGUGCUGCCCCGAAAACAAAGUAUCUAAAAGUAUUAAUAGAUGCAACGUCAGAUGAAGCUACUUUAGCGUUAGCGCUAAGGCAUAUUAAUCAUCGUUUAAAGGAAACUAGUUGGACAGUUGUUUUCAAGAGUCUUAUUGUUAUUCACGUUAUGAUGAGACAGGGUUCGAAUUCUCGUGUUUUAAAUUUUUUGGCGAGAGAACCAACCAUCUUAAAUGUAUCAAGCUUUAAAGAUAAAUCAGGGACUCAAGGUGCUGAGCAAACUAAAAAUAUUCAUACAUAUGCCGCGUAUAUUGAAGAGAAAGUAGCUGUAUACCGAGACUUAAAAAUCGAUUUUGUCAGAGAAAAAUUAGAAAAUGGAGAUAGCCGUUUAAGAAAACUCUCAGUCGAUAAGGGACUUUUACGGGAGGUCGAAAUACUUCAACGUCAAAUAACGGCUUUACUAAAUUGCAAGUUCUUUAUAGAUGAAGUAGAUAACGAAGUAACGUUGACAGCAUUUCGAUUCCUUGUUGAGGAUUUGCUUACAUUGUUUCAAGCUAUUAAUGAAGGAGUCAUCAAUGUUCUAGAACAUUAUGUAGAAAUGUCACGAAUUGAUGCUAAAACCUCUCUGCAGAUUUAUAAAAAAUAUGUCCAGCAGACUGAAAAGGUUGUUGAUUACCUUAGCAUAGCCAAAAAAAUGCAAGCAGCUCUUAGAAUGAGCGUUCCUAAUCUUAAACAUGCUCCUACAUCGCUAACAGCUACUCUAGAAGAUUAUGUCAAUGAUCCGGAAUUCGAAGAAAACAGAAGACAGUAUAAAUUUUUACAAGAAAAUAAGAAUAAUGCCUUAAAACAGGACAAACAAACUGCUGAUACCAGAAACACUGCGAAUUUCACGUCUAAAACUACUGUAAAAAGCGUAGAAACUUCUGUUCCUCCGAUUGUUACCAAAACAUCAAAAGAAAAAGAUUUUAUUGAUUUUUUUUCAAGCAUAGAACAAGAACAAACUUUGAUUUUUGGACCACUUCAAACGUAUACACCUACUAGCGCAUUGAAUAGCAGCGUUACCAACCCAUUUAUAGGGAUUCAACAUCAACAUAUGACCGAAUUUUCUUCACAACCUCAGAUAAUUCAAUCACCUUUGACUCCUCAAGAUACUAAUCCGUUUCGAUCUACCAUGUUUGGUCAAGAUAUGUCCUCUAACAGAUCUUCGAUUUUGCCACCUCAACAAAACCCAUUCCAAUCUUCUGUAUCCUCUUCGUCUUAUAAUCCAUUUACUUCUAUGAAUAUUGUUCAAACUCAACAAUUACCUCAACAAUCUAUGCAAGUAACGCCAAUUCAGUCUACUACACACUUAGAAAUAGAUAGUAAUCCAUUUAGAAGGUCUUCUAUACUUCCAAAUACGUUUAAUCCUUUUCCUCAAUAA